AUGAAUGUGGUGGAAGUGCCGCGUAUUUCCGCGACGCCGGAAGAAUUUGCGGAGAAUUUCGCGUGCAAAGACGAGCCAGUUGUGCUGACGAAUUUGUCGUGGGGUCCAUGCAAAGAUAUCUGGUCACCGGAAUACCUGUGUUCCAAACUGGGGUCUCGUCCCGUGAAGAUCCACCGCAGCAAACAUUCGAACCUGAGCUUCGUGCAGAAAAAUUUCUCUUACGAAACCCUGGGAUUCGAUAAUUUCGUGAAGCUUUGUGCGGGUCAAAACCAGGUCAAAGAGUAUUUUUACUUGCGGGCGUUGGGCAACGAUGCCAGAGGUCGAGACGUGGCGGAUUUCAGGAUGCACUUUCCAGCCAUUUCGGAGGAUUUCGUUGUGCCAGAAGGGAUUUAUCCAGAAGGAAGGUUAUUUUCUUCGGUGUUGAGGGUCAGUUCUGGGGACGUUCAGCUUUGGACGCAUUACGACGUCAUGGACAACAUUCUCGUUCAGGUCGUCGGCGAGAAGAGAGUUUACUUAUUCCCACCUACAGACGCAGAGUUUAUUUACCCCGUUGGUGACAAAUCUCUCGUUGAGGAUCUGGAUUUGCCAGAUUUUGACAAGUUCCCUAAGCUGGCGUCAGCCACGUGUUACAAGUGCUUUUUGAAACCU